CGCGGCGUUAGCGAUUCAUACAAUCUGGGCACGUACGUGUCAGUCUUUUUGCUGUUCAACACCGAAAACUAAGUUGGCUACUAGGUGAAGUCCCGAGCCAUGGCACCCAAAGGCACCAACAAACAGCAGUCCGAGGAGGAUCUUCUGCUUCAAGAUUUUAGCAGAAAUCUCUCCGCUAAAUCGACAGCUCUUUUCUACGGCAAUGCCCUGAUCGUCUCCGCAAUUCCUAUUUGGUUGUUUUGGAGGAUUUGGCACAUGGACCUAGUGCAGUCUGCUGUUCUUUACGGCGUUAUGACCCUUGUCAGCACAUACUUGGUGGCCUUCGCUUACAAGAACGUGAAAUUUGUUCUCAAGCACAAGGUUGCCCAGAAGCGGGAGGACGCUGUGUCCAAGGAGGUGACUCGCAAGCUGUCUGAGGCUGACAACAGGAAGAUGUCCCGCAAAGAGAAGGAUGAGAGGAUCUUGUGGAAGAAGAAUGAGGUUGCAGAUUAUGAGGCCACCACCUUCUCCAUCUUCUACAACAACACCCUCUUCCUGGUCCUGGUCAUCGUAGCCUCCUUCUUUCUGCUCAAGAACUUCAAUCCCACUGUUAAUUACAUUCUGUCCAUCAGUGCCUCCUCUGGUCUCAUUGCCCUGCUGUCUACUGGAUCCAAGUGAGCGAAUGAACAAGAAAGCAGGAGAGUUGGAACCACAAGAAAAGGAAGAGAAAAGGAGUUGGGGAGGGGGGGGGCAGGGAUUGGGAAGGGGUUGGGGUGGGAAGCAAAGACGUGAUGCCGGGCUGGACAUUUAUCAUUUCUGUUGCGCAUGAAAUUUUUCAUGAAAUUCAUGAUGUCAUCUGUGGAGGUUCUUUCUGACCUCCGCCAUUCUCUUUUUAUACAAAUUAAAGAUGAUGGACCUGGAACAA